UCCAAGGUUCUUCUUCAGGCCGUGCUAGCUAGCUAGUUAGCUAGCUAACUAGCUGUUGAGUUCAAAGAAGAAAGUCUUGGUUGUCAAGCAGCAUAUUGACUUGCAUAUGUUAGCAUAUGACUGAUUAUUGACUUGCAUAUGCUAGCAUAUGACUGAUAAUUGACUUGCAUAUGCUAGCAUAUGACUGAUUAUUGACUUGCAUAUGCUAGCAUGUUAGCAUAUGAUUGAUUAUUGACUUGCAUAUGUUAGCAUAUGACUGAUUAUUGACUUGCAUAUGCUAGCAGGUAAUUCUUUUGACUACACACUUCUCUUCUUACUGAGUAACAGUUUACUGUCAAGCAUCUUUGGCGUCAAAACAAGGCGUGUUACAUGUUUACUUCAAAUGUUUACAUCGAAAGCCAUGCAGUCACCGGCGUAAAUUAGCGUCAAACUGAAGGAUCUUUAUAGAAAAAUAUUAUUUUGUCUAGUUAAUGUAACUCUGAAAGUAAGGAAGUAUGGUUAACAUGCGUUGAUCUGCAAAGAAUUGUUAGUCUUCCGGUUGGUUAGAACAUGUAACAAUCUUAGUUUGAUGCUAGCAUGCGACUUUGCUAAUAUGUAAGCAUAUUAGCGUGUUGUGUUGUAUUAGCUUCCUGCUCAUUGUCCAAGUGCAGAGCAAAACAUCAAGGAGAUGUGUGCGAUGCGUCCAUGGCCUCUAGGACUCAGAAGAACGUGAUGGUGUUUGAUGGCGGCGUGGUGACCAGCCCUGCAGCCGCUCUUGCCGCAGACCAUCUGCCCAAUCACUUUGGUCAGGCGAGCCAAGGCAAACACGGGUCACACGGACGCCACAAGGAGACAGGAAUAAUGGUCCAAGCCGACGUUCAGCCCAAAGCAUCCAGCUGGAAGCCCAGUGGAUCAUCCGCCAUGAACGUGCUUAAGUGUGACCUCCUGGCACCCGACAGCACCUGCCGAGGCAUCAGAGUGACUUUGGACAACAACAAUAUGUGGAACGAGUUCUUCAGGUGUAAAACAGAGAUGAUUGUCACCAAACAAGGCAGCAGGAUGUUUCCAUAUUGUCGUUUCCGCAUCUCAGGCUUGCAGCCGUCCAAGAAGUAUGUUUUGAUGAUGGACGUUCAGCCUUUAGACCGUAGUCAUUACACAUGGACCGGCACCAGCUGGCAGGUGGCCGGAAAGGCAGAAAAUCAUGUCACAAGUCUGCCAUUUUCACAUCCCGAGUCACCUUCAACGGGUCAACAGUGGAUGCAGAAUCCGGUUUCUUUUUACAAACUGAAGCUUACGAGCAACACGGCCGACAAAGAGAGCAAUACCAUACUACACCUGAUGCAUCGCUACAUACCACGCCUCCACGUGGUCCAAACGGAGAAAGCUGCUAAAGACAUUAAACUAAACACCUCCAAUGUUGCUACCUUCACUUUCCAACAAACAGAGUUCAUGGCUGUUACUGCAUACCAGAACUCCCAGUUUGUUCAGCUGAAAGUGGACUACAACCCAUUCGCCAAAGGACUAAAGGAGGAUCCUGUCAAGUCAUGGGGCCUGAAGCUGAAAUCCCACCAAGAUGGAGUUGCAAAAACCAGUGAACAGCAACCUUUGAAGAAAAACUUGAAAUCUUUGCUUGCAAAUCAUAAAAACAGAAGCUCGCUGGAGCCCAAGCAUUCAGAGGCGACUUUAGUCCAAAAAGUUUCUUCUGGAUUUGGACCCAAAGGUGUGAAGGACAUGUCUUGCAGCGACCCACAGCCAGCGCAGAAGUUAAUUGCUGAUCUCAUUCGGGAUGUUCAUGUUCCCUUGAAAAGUUGUACUGUGGAUUUGUCGGGUGCCUCACAAACAUUUGAGCAAACCAAAACCGGAACCACACCAGGCAAGGGCUGCAGCAAAUAUGUUCCCAAAGCUGAUAGGAAGACCAUCCAAUCGUGUGAGGAGAUUUCACCACAGGAAAAGAGUGACACUUGCUCUGACAAAAUCAGAACUGAAGUUGUUUCAGAGGGGCAUAAAUGUCCGUCCCAAGUGGGGCUAAAUCAAAGUGUUAAACGUCCGGCACCGCUUACUCUGCCAGCCUUGGCUCUGUUUCUGAAACAACAUUCAACUAAGACCAAGAAAGUCAAGAGCAGACUGGAUUCCUCUCCCAGCCAAGCUCUUACUGAAGUCAUAACAGGAACAGACGCAGCUUCUGCAAAUCCACCUAGCAUUGCUAGUAAGCCGAAGCCCAACAAACAGGAUUUGACCACAAGCGAAGCAGACCAAAUUACUGGGAUUGUCCCAGAAAAAGUGAUAGAAUCCUUUCAACAGCCCUCCAGUCCCAGUCUGACAUUUCAGGACACAGUGGUCUCUCCAGGAGCAAAAGAAUCAAUAUAUAUUGACGGUGUUCUGGAAAGCUGUGCGCCAGAACCCAGAGUGUUGGAGGAAACAGAAGUAUUAGCCAAUGUUGAGCAGCCGCUGAGUAAAAACGGGGUUUUUAGUUGUUCAUCUCUUACUACCUCAUCUUCAUCUUCCAUGGUGUCGCCCCUGUUUGACACGUCAGUAGCACAUGUUCCGCACGCCCUGUCCUUGGAGCCCAAGUCCGUCGGCCUACUUCCUGACUCACCCUGUUCACCCUUUGGCUUUGAACCUUUGUCUCCUGCAAGUUCACCUGAGACAUUACCCCCUCUACCAGACUCCUUUACAUUAGACCUGGACUCUGCCCCCUCUGAGUCUCCUGAGAGGUUGCCAGUCAGAGAGCAUUCUUGUCCGUCUGUCUUUAAAUGGCACACGGUGUUGCCUCCAUCGGAGCCCUAUGUGAACUCUCCAUUCACAGAGUUCCGGCCCACAUCACCGACUCUUUCACUGGAGUCGUCUUUGCUGCCUUCUGAAACUCCAACAAACAUUUCAUCCCAGCCUCCGUCAAACCCUCGAGACCCGACGACUCCUACUGACCUUCAGUCCCAGCCUUCUGUUGACUCACAGACUCUUACCCAUUCUGAUUCCCCAAUUGUUCACACGCUUUCAUUUCAAGAGAGCGAACAGCCCCUACCUUUCCCGGGAGAACUGUCACCCCUUGUCCUUCCGUUGGCUCUGUCUCCAACAUUCUCCUCUUUGGAUGGAGAAGGUUUGUCACCCACACCUUCAAUUGCAGAUCUUGUGCACUUUUUUUCCACCAAUGAUCACCUUGGAAUGGGGAUUGACUUUCCAAGCACAGAUUCUCUGACACCUCCCUGCCCGCCUGAUGCUUCAGGAGAGACCAACAGCCGCCAACCUCAUCAUUCUCCUAAAGAAUUGAAGUGCAAGAAGAGGUCAAGACAGCAAAAACUUGCCAAGUCUGACUUGGAUCAGAAGAUAGACGACUUGGCCUACACAACCAUGCAACCUAACCUGGAAGAAGUGGAGGAACAACUCUUUAUCUCCUUCACAUCCAAGGAGGCCCUCCAACUUCACCUUGCAGAUUGUGAAGACAAAGACACCAGCAGCUGUCCUAUGGCGUCACCACAAGUCCAGCCGCCACAGCGGACUGAAGAACGCCUGGACGAGGAGACAAUCGCUACCUUUGAGGACGUCCUUGUAAGAGACAUGAAGCUGAUGAAGCACCAGCAGAUCAUCCACCCGGUGCUACAGGAGGUGGGACUGAAGAUGAACAUGCUGGAUCCCACUCUGGCCAUCGACCUGCAGUACUUGGGGGUCCGUCUUCCUCUCCCCCCGCCCGGAGCUUCUCAGGAGCCCCUAAGCCAAGAUCUGCUGCCCUUACAAAGUCAGUCUCCCUCCGCCAGGGUUCAAAAAGGUGCUUCCACCUCAUUCGUGUCCAGAACGGGGAAAACUACAGAUCUGACCCAGAUUAAAGGCUGGAGAGAGAAGUUCUCUUCCCCCGAGACUUCCACAGCUCCUCCAGCUUCCAACGACGAAGGUCCGGCGGUGUGCGUGGCCCCGGAGCAGACCAAGAAGAACUUGUCUGCGUUCUGCAGCGACAUGUUGGAUCAGUACCUGGAGAGCGAGGCCAAGCUCAUCCAGCAGUCUGCCAGCAGCUUCCCCGUAGAGCUGCCUCCAGUCUACCAGCUUCCUGCCGCCGGCAGCAGCAGCAACUACAACCUCAGCGCUGUUCUCAAGAAGCCCACCUCCGACCUCAUCUCCGGGUUCAUCCCGCCGUCCAAAAGAAGCAGAGUCCAGGGCAGGGAGCACAAAGCCACCAAGAAAGGAGAGCGGAAGCAGAAGAGUUCCAAAGUGGAAGCUGAUCAUCAAGCCACCCCGUCUCAGCCCCUCACAGAGACCAGUGACCCGGUCUCAGCCGCCCCUCUCCCUUCUGUCUUCCGGAGGAAAAGACUCCAAUCUAAGACCUCCUCCCAGGCGGGGAUGGCAGACAUGCCCCCCCUGGAGUCUGACUCUGAAGUGGACGCUGCUGCUGCCCCCAGACCGUCUGUGACUCAAGGCUUGCUGAGGCAGAAAGACUUGGAGGAUAGCGCCCAGUGGGCCGGUCGACCUCGCACUUUCAUCACGGAGGAGCGAGCCGCCAUCGCACUGACGUCCCUCUUCACCUUGAUGGGUUUUGUCAGCGAUAAUCCCACGGCUCCCAUCCGCCUGCCCCCCAGACCCACCACCCCCUGCUUCAACGACUUCUGCCGUCUGGGCUGCGUCUGCUCCAGCCUGGCCUACACGUCCCGCAUCAGCCACUGCGGCCGGCCGCAGUGCAUGCUGGGAUGCAGCUGCCUCAAGCAGAAGGUGGUCCUGCUCAAGAACCUGGACGGCUCUGAUUCCAGCCCCUCCCACCACGGCACCGGCAAGAGGAGAAAAAGGAAGCGGAUGAAGAUGGCCUACAUUCUGAAGGAAGCCGACAGCGUCUCCCAACCUGCUGAGCGGGUGCGGACUCUCUGGAAGAUGGACAGCAGAGCCUUGGACCCGGAGCCCAGCCACAUCCCGGAAGCUGCUAAUCCGUCCUGCACUGGAAUGUCUUCAAAGGCGAGCAAGCCCGCUGGCAGCUGCGCCCGAGUGAGAAGAUUUCUAGGAAAGACAUUGCAGCAGGAGCCUCCACCCGAAGCUGACAGGAGAACAUUGCAGGGGAGAAAAAGCAAAGUGGCAGCAGCUGAGCCUGCUGCGACCCCCUCAAAGCCCUCCAGACGCCUGACCAUCCUCACAGAGUGUGGCUGGAAGUUGGACGCCGACCGCGAUUACGUGCUGAAGAAGCUGUGCGAGGCCAUGGCCCGGCAUAGCCUGGACAAACCCUUCUGGGCCAGGAAGUACCACAUCUGUCCCAUCAGUCAGACGGUGGAGGGGAGUGGCGCCGGACGCUGCAUCCACUACAAAGUCCUCAUCAGCAGAAGCAGCCAUGCUCCGCAGGAGGACAACUCCACACUGGUGGUGGAGGAGGUGAAGGCUGGGCAGGGACCUGUGGAGGACUGGCAGAGGGCGCUGGUGGAGGAGGACCUGGUGGAAGACUUGCAGCGGGAAGUGAACAAAAGUGACCUGGAAGAGAAGGAGGUGCAGGUGUUGGAGAAGAGGAAGUCCAGCAUCUGCAUGGCUCUGCCUUUCCUCACAACAGCCUCCGCCGCCGGCUUCCUGUCAGCCAGCAAGAAGAAGCCGGGCCACAACAAUUGUGUUCAGGUUAACGGAAAGUUGUAUCCUCUGGCCAAGAUCCAGCUGGGGGAGAUGGGGGCGCUCCACCCCGCCAACCGCCUGGCGGCGUAUGUGACGGGCCGCGUGCAGGCCAACAAGAAGCAGGAAGCUGACCCCAGUCAGUCUAAGCCCUGUGCCCCCACCCAGCCCCCACCCACAGUGGCGCCCACCGUGACCAUCAUGACCACGGCCAUCAACCCCCCCGUGGGAUCCACUCAGGUCAGACCGCUGUCAGCAGGAAGCUCUGCCCCCCCCACAGGCUUGGCGCCCCCCACCAAUCCUCAGGUGGUGAUGCUUACAUACACCCCCUUCACACUCCCUGUCUUGCCCCCUCCCAAGAACCUGCGCUCCCCCUCCGUCAGGGUGGUUCUACGCCCAGUUCAAUCCACUACAGGUGGACAAUAUUACUGCCGAGCGGAUGGCAACCUGGUGCAGCUGAUCCCAGUCAACCAGCUGAGACCCCCCACUGGGUUAGGGUUCGGUUCCUCCUCGGUUCUUGUGGAUUCUUCCCCUUUGCCCAUGGCGAGUAGCAACGCCGGCGCUUUAGCGCCACCCAGCUCCGCUUCCAGCCAAAGCGGGACGUGCGCCAUGAAGAUUCUCCCCGUCACCUCCACAAGGGAUCCCGUCCCACCUGCCAAGCCGCCCACGCCGGCAGCCCACAGCGUGACGCCGGGAACAAAGGCUGGCACUGUCCCUGAGGAUUGUAAAGACGAAACCACUCCUUUGAGGUCCAAGGCCACACCUUCAGCCCCGCUAAUUCACGCCGCAACCGAGCCCGCUCGGGGUCCGGUGAACCUGGACGUCAUCUGCGUGGACGACGACAUGGAGGCUGACCUGGGAGCCAAGUGCGGAAUCCCGGAAAUUCUCAUUGAUUCGUCCCCGGAAAUUCUCAUUGAUUCGUCGAGCGGAGAGACGGAACACUCGUCUGACAUGACGGAAGACUCCAGUGAUGCCGAUGAGAAGAACCUCCUGGUCCAGGAGAGGAGGCGGCGGCACAGGAUGUCGCCCUUUGACUUGCACAUGGGCGCACUGAGGCGGGAAGUCCAAGUGGACGCCAACACGCCCACCAGCUUCACUCUGAAGAAGGCCCUCCACGUCAUCCAGCAGCUCAGGACCAGCGAGACGCGUCUGAAGAGGAAGAAGAGGGUUCUGGAACGGAAAAGGGAACAGUUGUUGGACGUCAUCCUUCCCCCAGCAGGUCACAGCCGCCAUGUCAGUUCACCUGGGACAAGUUCAUGCGGCCCGGAAUCAGAUUUGCCCAAAUUGGUAGCACCGUACGUCACUGGAAAGAACGAACAUGUGCCCAGAAAUGCCGUGGCAUCAAAGUCUGGGGGCGUGGUCAACAAAGUACCAGACCAGUGUGGACUGGGCCAACUGCACACUGCGACUGCUAAGGAUCUGGAUUCUGAAGCCAGGACUGAAGGGGUCUGUGAGGACCUGCAGCCAGGACACCAUCAGUCAGGUCCAAAUGAGCGCAAAUCAGCCAGUCAUAAGCUUCACCAUGAACAAGCUCCUCCCACUCCUUGUCGGCCCGCCUCCUCACCCGAGCAUCAUGUCCCCGCUGCCUCCAACCAGCCCAACAUCUUGUGUCGCAGCAAGAGCCUCCCCUCGCCCGCUGACCACUCAAACAGCCUCGUCUACUUGGCUCCUCCCACAAACAAGCUACAGCCGCACACAGCCGAGGCCCAGCCUCCCGUUUCCAUGGUGCUGUCUCUUAGCUCUGCCGGAUCCCACCCGAUCUCGGACAGCAAGCAGGAAGUGGCGUACCAGAAGGACGGCGGCGAGAGCGUCAACGAGAUCACCUCGCUUGAGAGCACCGCCGCCACGGACCAAACCUCGACGGUUGCCUACGAGGAGGUGGGGCUAAAUGGCCACAUGGCGUCUGACGAGAGCCUCAAAGGAGCCGUGUUGACUCCUCCCCCACUGUUGCACAUGAAGGUGGGUGGGGCAAAGAUGGAGGGCCCUCCUAACACAGUGAUGUCAUCAGGGCCAGGGGCGGAGCCACGGGGGGAUGGGGUGUCAUGGCGGCCAAUGCCCAGGUUGGUUCCUCUGGGACUGAAAGGAGCCCCGCCCACCUGAUUGCGUCAUCACAGCAAUGAGAAGAUGACAUCAUCACAGCAAUGAGAUGACAGACAGGUGAGAUGAUGGCAUCAUCACGCAGGUGAGAUGAUGGCAUCAUCACGCAGGUGAGAUGACGGCAUCACCACACAGGUGAGAUGACGUCAUCAUCACAAAGGUGAGAUGACGUCCGCACACAGGUGAGAUGACGUCAUCAUCACACAGGUGAGAUGUGCUGGUUAGUUUGUUCUAAAGUUUUAUUUUUCUACCUUGUAAAUAAUUAUUUAAAUAAAGUCUUCAUUUGCAUCAAA